CAAAACAAACCUACAAUUUUCAGCUUCUUAAUUUCUCCUGGAUUAACACUGCUCUUUCCAUUUUGAUUUUUCUUUUCAUAUAUUUUCAUGGAUGGUAUUGAAGUUCCCAAGUAUUUCCUCUGCCCUAUAUCUCUGCAAAUUAUGAAAGACCCAGUGACAGCCACAACCGGCAUCACGUAUGAUCGAGAGAGCAUUGAGCAAUGGCUACUUACAUGCAAAAACACAAGCUGUCCAGUCACCCAGCAGCCUUUGCCUCCAGAAUCUGAUUUAGCGCCUAACCAUACGCUCCGCCGUUUGAUCCAAUCCUGGUGCACCGAGAACGCGUCGCUUGGCGUUGAUCGGAUUCCAACCCCUAAACCUUCCCUUGAUAAAUCUCAUUUCUUUAAACUCAUCAAACAGCUUCAACAACCUGGUUCCAAUAUCAAAGCCCUGCAAGAGCUGGAUUUCUUGGCGGCCAAAAAUAAAAGAAACCGGACGUUCAUGGUGGAAACCGGGGUGCCUAAAGCUCUGUUAUCGUUCAUCGUAAAUUGUUUCGAGGAAAUCUCUGUUCAGGGCCUUGCAGAAGCCCUAAGGGUACUUGUUUUCAUUCGAAUUCCAUUGGCAGAAGCAAAGAUUUUUCUUCAAGAAUAUAAUGAUCAGAUAAUCAAAUCCUUGAUUUGGGUAUUGGGAUGUGAAUUCAAACCCCAAGUUAUGGUAAAAUCCCACGCCGUUUUAGCAUUGAAAACGAUGAUUCAAGCAGCAAGCUCCGGUUUACUUGAAAGAUUAGAACCGCCUUUCUUUGAGAUGAUCACCGGAGUUUUGAAACAAACCACCACCGUCUCUCAGCAGGGAAUGAACGCAGCUUUGCAUGCGCUAUUAAUUGCUUGUCCUUGGGGAAGAAAUCGGUUAAUGAUGGUUGAAUCAGGUGCCGUUUCGGCGCUUAUCGAUCUUGAAUUGGGAUCACCGGAGAAGAGAACCACCGAGCUUAUUCUGGGAAUACUUUUCCACCUAUGUUGUUGUGCAGAUGGGAGAGCUGAGUUCCUUAGCCAUAAAGGCGGUCUCGCCGUCGUGACAAAGAGGAUUAUGAAGGUGUCCCCGACGGCUGAUGACCGAGCCGUGUUCAUCCUUUCGUUGAUAAGCAAAUUCGUGGCCACAAAUUCGGUUCUUGAAGAAAUGGUGGAAGUUGGAACCGUAACAAAGCUUUGCAUGAUGCUGCAAGUUGACAGUACUGCACCAUACUUGAAAGAAAAAGCUACGGGAAUCCUUAGAUCACACACUGAUGAGUGGCGCAAGUUCCCUUGCAUCGACAAAACAUUUCACAAGGUAUAUUAAUUGAAUGUGUAUUUAUUUUUAAUAUAUAUAUACACUUUUACAUGUUGAAACACCUCAGUUUGAUGAACUCCCAACUCGUUGUCUUAAGUUUA